AAUGCCUAAAAGAGGAACAAAAUAUGAAAAACUUGGAAUUAUCUAUCUAUAUUCACUAGGUUUUAGAGGUGAUUUUAUAAAGGAUUUCUCAAAGAAACAAUUCGCUUCGUUUCCAAACGAUAAAGCUAAAUAUUUUGCAAAAUAUCUAUUGCAUUCAUUACCUAUACGAAUCUGGAAAAGUAUUAAACUCCAUUGUCUGCAAGAGUAUACAAGGCAAGAUGUAAUCAAAUCGUAUGACGGUAUACAUAGAUUUAUGGAUAUUCAAUCUGAAGUCUUUAUGGAUUUACCAUCGUUAUUUAAAGCUGUUCAAAAAGAUCCAGUUAAUUUCCUUAAAAGAUUUAUCAAGAAAAUUCAAACAGUUAUGAAAUAUAACGCUUUUCAAGGCGAGUGCUUAUCUCAUCUCGAUGUUAUAUUGAAUAGAGAUUAUAAAUCUAGAAUUGAAGAUGCUAUGACAAUUCUUCUUCGUAGUUAUCAUAGCAAUUCUCAAAGAUACAAAACUGACUACUGA